CUUUAUAAAUUAAAGCAGAUCAACUCUAAAGAGUGAUCAUCUAAAGGCAAGUAAAUUUUCACGUAGAGGGACAGAAAGAGUGAGAUGGAGGAGGUUGAACACAAGACAAUGAGAGUGAAUGGGAUAAACAUGCACAUUGCUGAAAUGGGCCAAGGCCCAAUAGUCCUAUUCCUUCAUGGCUUCCCGGAACUAUGGUACUCGUGGCGCCACCAAAUGCCGUUCAUGGCAUCUCACGGAUACCGGGUGGUGGCCCCAGACCUCCGUGGUUUCGGAGAUACCACGGGAGCACCCAAAGGUGACUUCACGGAGUUCACCACCCUCCAUGUUGUUGGUGACCUUGUGGAACUCCUUAACAUCAUUGCCCCUAACCAGGAGAAGGUGUUUCUAGUUGGCCAUGACUGGGGAGCUAUGAUUGCUUGGUCUAUGUGUUUGUAUAGGCCCGAUAAGAUCAAGGCCCUUGUGAAUAUGAGUGUUCCAUUCGUCCCAAGAAACCCGAUUUCAAAGCCCAUUGUAGUUCUGCGCGCUACUUAUGGAGAUGAAUACUACAUUAUAAGAUUCCAGGAGCCGGGAGAAAUAGAAGAAGAGUUUGCUCAAUUAGGAACCAAGACAGUGUUGGAGAAGCUACUGACUAACCGAAACCCUGAACCAUUAAAGUUGCCUAAAGGAAAGCCAUUUGAUGAAAGUCCAGUCAUAUUGCCCCCUUGGCUCACUGAAAAGGAUGUUGAUUACUAUGCUACCAAAUAUGAGCACACUGGCUUCACAGGUGGAUUGAACUAUUACAGAGCACUUGAUCUAAACUGGGAACUGACAGCACCAUGGACAGGGUCGAAAAUAGAAGUACCAGUUAAGUUCAUAGUGGGAGAUUUGGACAUAACUUAUAAUGCAGCAGGAGUCAAGGAUUAUAUACACAAGGGUGGGUUAAAGAAAGAUGUACCUUUGCUAGAAGAUGUGGUUAUCUUGAAAGGGGUAGCACAUUUUCUUCAACAAGAAAAGCCUGAUGAUGUUAACAAACACAUCUAUGUCUUCUUCCAGGGCAUUUCUUCCUCUGAUUGAAACUUUUUUUUUUUUUUUUGCUGAUUGAAACUUCUGCACUUUGAAGUUACAUAAAACCAGAAAAUGGAGUUGUACAAGAAUCAUUUCAUACGCUUUAACAAAUUCUUGUACCCACCCCGUGUAUCCUUUUCCAAAUAGUAUCAUCUAACCUAAAUGAA